UCUCUCUCUCUCUCUCUCUAUUCCCCAAAGCUCCUUUUUCGUAGCACACCCACACCUCCCCCAUUCUAUUCUAUUCCUCCAUUAAAAUCUCCUCUCUCUCUCUCUCUCUCUCUCUCUCUACGCACACAGCGAGGAGAGGAGGCGUGAAGAGGAAACUAAGAAGUGAAACCCUUCUCCAUCUCUAUAUCUAAAGAUCGAACCUUUGAUGUAGAGAGAGAGAGAAAUGGAGGAACCUUUCUAUAUAUAACCCCUUCGCCCUUUUUCCGCUUCAUCGCGCCUUUUGCUCUCCCCUCUCUCUCUCUCUCUCUCUCUCUCUCUCUCUCCUGUCUCAUCAUCGAAUUCCCCGUCGCAUCCCCUAUUCGCCCCUUUCCGAAAUUGGUACUGCACAGUGGGUGAGGCGAGAGUGAUCGCUUGGAGCCUCAGCUUCCCGUUUUUGGAUCAAAUUUCCUAUUUUUUCGGCCCUUUUCCGAUCGAAUUGGGGGGUUAGGGAUCGCGAUCGCGCAUGGCUGCGGUGGCGGAGAACGCGAUCGGGCCGGCGCCUGCGGCGGCGGCGGCGGCGGCGGCGGCGGCGGGGGAGUCGGAGUACCAGAGGGACGUGAGGAACCUCGUCGAUCUCCUCUCCAAAUUGAACCCCUCGGCGAAGGAGUUCGUGCCUUCGUACUGUGCGAGCGGCGGGGCGAAGCCCAAUGCGACGCUCUCCGCCGAUGCGCCCGUUUUCGUGGCGUCGAUCGAUUAUUAUAAUAACAAUAGUAAUUACCAGGUUUCUAGUGGUGGCAGUAAUAAGGACUCCAGCAGCGAUGGAUCGAGUAGCAGUCUCCAGAAUCAGAGAAGGAGAAAUGGAUACAACCGUGGGAGGAGAAGAAUGAAUGAUAGAGCGCGACGAGCCGAGAGAGAAGAGAGCAUUCGGCGAACCGUAUACGUGUCGGAUAUUGAUCAGCAUGUGACUGAAGAGAAGCUUGCUGAAAUCUUUUCUACCUGUGGGCAAGUUGUGGAUUGCCGAGUUUGUGGAGAUCCUCACUCAGUUCUACGUUUUGCCUUCAUUGAAUUUUCUGAUGAAGAUGGUGCAAGGGCAGCAUUAAAUCUUGGUGGGACCAUGCUAGGCUUCUAUCCUGUCAGAGUCUUACCGUCAAAGACUGCGAUCUUGCCUGUUAACCCUAAGUUUCUCCCGCGGUCGGAGGAUGAAAAGGAAAUGGUUGUGAGAACAGUUUAUUGCACUAACAUAGAUAAGAAGAUCACCCAAGCAGAGGUGAAGUUUUUUUUCGAAUCAAUGUGCGGUGAGGUUUCUCGUCUGAGGCUGCUUGGGGAUAAUGUGCACUCCACAAGCAUUGCAUUUAUUGAAUUUGUUCGAGCAGAAAGUGCUAUUGGAGCUCUGAACUGCAGCGGCUUGCUUCUUGGUGCUCUUCCUGUCAGGGUGAGCCCUUCAAAGACUCCGGUGAGGCCGCGAGUACCUCGCACCGCAUCUCACUAACUCCUUUUCAACUAAACCGGCCUUAGUCCGAUCCAUGCGAGACUUUCUAUAGAGGGCUGAUAAAUUAUUGCUAUUAUGUGCAUUAAGAAUUUGUCAGCAGAGAGCAUUUUCUAUCAUCCAAUUUAGAGACAAUCUUCCUACUAGAGUCUAUAACUUUUAAGUAAGACCCAUCUGAACCUUUACCGUCAACCUUCUUGUCGCUUUCAUUUGUUUGUUUUUGGAUGGAACCAUCAAGUGUGUUUAACUUUUCGGCACAAAUAAUCUGUCUUAUCUUUUUUUUUUUUUGUUUUUUUGUUGGGUAAGGAGUUAUCCAAACUGAGCUAAUUUGUUAAUUAUGCAAAACUUAAUUGUUCAGUAUUA